AAUUUCUUCUGCAUAAUUCAGUAAUUCAGUACGUUUCACGCAAUCACAUCCAGAAUGGAGGUGAAUUAUACUGCUAUCACGGACUACUACAUGAUCAGGUGUUUUAGCGGAGGAAACUUCUAUGUCUGCAAGAAACCUUCGACUAACUUAGAGUUUGUCGGAUGCUGCGACUCAGAUCCAUGCGCCGACGGGUCUGGAAUCUGCCCGCAAACAGGUUUGCGACCGAUGAGCUACAGCCCAGGACGAACAGCAUACAAAUUCGGUCUUGAAUGCGGCGCACUUCAUAAUGCCUCUUUUUAUCGAUGUGAUUUGUCAAUGCCGCAUUUUCUAGGAUGCUGUGGUGUUGAUCCAUGCUCACGAGGAUGUCCGCAAAACCAAUUGAUCCCGGCUCAGUUACCGGCGCAAGAAGGAUGGCGAAAAUUGUUUCUUGAGCCGUAUCGUGUACAGAAUGGGACAGCUUCAGACUUGAGGCCUGGGGUAGAAGAGAAUAGUACUUUUGAGGCGCCGGACUUCUCGAAUAUCAACUGGGAUCGUGGCAAGCAUGAAGUUGGACCUGCAACUGUCAUAGGGAUUUGUGCGGGUUUUCUUGUCGCCACUCUGCUCAUUCUGGGGCUUAUACGGCACUAUUGGCCGUCUUUAGCCUCACCAAAUCAUGAAAAGGCAGAUACUGCACAUGCACCGUUUCUGGCCAAUGACUCGACAGACGAUGUUACGGAUUUCCAGAUGGAAGAGAUAAUAUCUCAUACAGGAAUACGAAAUAACUGGCAUGGAGGUCCAAAGACAUUAGAACACUGGGACGCACCAACAGUGUUUGGGUGGAUUUUCAGCGUUCUUCUGACAUUUACGCCGCUUUGUUUCAUCGCUCUCGCUAUCACAGCGAUACGCCUCGAUAACCAACCUCAUUCUGAAUACGGAAAAACUGUGUUACAACUAACGGUACUAAGUCCAUCUCUGUACCCCAUAUUAUUCGCCGCCUUAGUUGGAAGGUUUUACCGGGUCUUCGGCCGAUGGUGUCUCGAAAGCCGCGGCGGUGUAAACCUCCCUGUUCUAGAGCAGUUGAUCGGCAGUCAGAACUUGGCCACCGCCAUUGAGCGAAUUUUCGUGAUACGGACAAAUGCAGUUAUUGGCAUCAUCAUUCUCACUUCUUGGCUCCUAUCACCUCUGGGUGGACAAAGUUCAUCGAGACUUCUACGCGAUGCAAAGUUCGACUUGAUAUCGAAUGGAACGGUCUAUUAUGCUGAUCCAGCAUAUCAAGUAUCCCACUCAAGAUGGAUCGACUACCGACAUAGCGUUGGCGCAACAUACGCUGCGAGUUUAUUGUCGUCUUCGAAGCAGAAAGCAUCGCCGAGGGAUAUUUGGGGCUUGCCUAAAAUUCCCCAGUUGUCGCAGGACAGACUUGAUGAUGGCACAUACGAUCUCUAUGAUGUGAACAAAUCGGACUUGGUCUCAGGAAAGGAAUCUUAUGCUUCAUUGCUGGGUAUCAAGAUCCGAGGCCUCAUCAGACCCGACAAACCUACCAAGUUCAACUUUACGAUACCAACCUCAUAUUUCCACGUCAAUUGCGAUUUCGUCGACAGCUUUGAUCCAUUACGGGGAAAGUUGACUGAGAACCAAACCAACAUUCUUGAUCUGUUCUACAAAUACCCCAGCUUCUCAGCCUUCAACCUCCUGCCGGAAUCCUGGUUCAACUCUGAAGAAGAAGACGACAUCAACUCGCCCUAUCAGUUCCUGUACGUCAAGCAAAUGCGCGGAUCUCAACUAUACGUCGUAAAAUGUGCCAUUCACGAGAUCAAAGUCGAGACAACUAUUCACUGCGGACCAGGGGACCCAGCGACGACUUGUGAAGCGCGACAGCAACGGCGACUUUCCACUGAAAACCAGACAGGGAGUACUCUAUUUCCACCAUCGAUUACACGAAGCGAUUUGCGUCUCAAAGAGCUUAGUUAUGCUCUAUAUGCAUGGGCGCAAGCUUCGGGUGAUAAAGACGGAGUUCAACCGUCGCCAUCGGAGAUGUACCUGAUGAAAAAUGAAAAUCCGUAUGAGUACACCAGUCAAUUGCCGUGGACGAAAGAAGAUCUCGCCAAAUUCCCAUAUGUAUUUUCCAGACGAAUGACGACCGCUUUCAACACAUAUUGGGACGCUGGAUUGAAUCCUGGAGGUCAUACCAAUGUUUCAUAUGGCACCAUCCCGUCGCACAACAUGAACGGUCUGGAGACGGGUCAGACUUACAAAGACUCCUUCAUGAACACCACCAUGGGUACAAGAACAACCACGAUUGAUGUCUACAGUGCCCAGCGCGUAUGGGUCGGUCUGUUGCUAUUCACAACAAUGGUACUGCAAAUCCUCGCUAUUUGCGGCCUCGUUCUCGAAGUUUUGAUCCAAGGCCCGGACGUUCUCGGUUUCGCUAGUACUCUAACCAGAGACAAUCCGUAUGUGCCGCUUCCGGCAGGUGGAUCACAUCUCGACGGACCUGAAAGAGCAAGAUGUUUAAAGAAUAUGAGGCUUGAGCUCGUGGAUGUGCGCCCUGAAGAUGAAACUGGCUAUUUAGCCGUGAGGGCAGUGUCGUCAGCGAAAGGGCAGGAUCCAGGCAUGAUUGAAGGGAGCGUAAAAUCGAGAAAGUGGGUGCACUUGAAUAGGAGGAGGCUGUACGAAUAAAUCGACUAGCCUCGAUCAAGCAGUCACAAAUGCUGGGGCCAAGAUAUCGUAACCGCAAUAAACAGGGGUUAUUCAGGUCCCUGAAUAAACUAAACAAAUCUAUCCUGUCAGUGUCAGAAUCAGAUCUCGCUGAGUCACGCUUGGAGCUUCCUAUGAAAGC